UGUCUGACUUUGCAUUGAUUCGAAAUUCGAAAACAAAUCAACAAACAUUUCCCCGUAUAAGUAACAGCAGCUCGAAUCAAUAUAACUCCAAGAUGUCCGAGCGUUUCAAUGGAUCCUCCUUCAUGGAUAAAUUCAACAGCCACACACUGCGCGGACGUGCCAAUGUGGCCAAGGCCACGCUGGCCGGUCUGGGCGUCGCCUAUGUGCUGCUGAAGAUGCAACAGGCCUGGGUGAAGCGUCGCGAGGCCAAGCUCUACUGCAAGGGCUGUCAGAAGGUCCUGCUGCGCCACUAAAGAACAGCAGCAGGAGGAGGAGCAGCAGCAGUAGCCCUUCUUAGCCUGGGGAUUGCCCCCUCAGCUAUCGUUAGCCAAAUUGCGUGUUCGUUUUUCUUUUGAUUUAAUAAAUUCCCAGAACCCAUCUGGAUGCCAUUCCA